CUUUCAACCAUAACAUAUUUUUCAAUUCCUCAUCAAUUCACUGAGAUUACAUUUUUUUACAGACAUUUUCUUAAUGGGUGCUUUCUUAUUAGUAACUGGAGAAAGCAGUUUAAUAAAUGUGUCAAGUGCAGUGUCUGGUUGCUCAUCAUUACACACCACAGACCAGCAAAUAUUCUUUAUAUGAUCAGCAUAGGAAUCACUACAAAACCUCUUGUAGGACCUCUUAUACACAAUAUUAAGUCCAGCCUUUGGAACUUUGGUUUUCCUAGAUAUGGUAAUAUUGUGAUCACUAUAGCCAUUGGAUUUGGAUACUGCUUUACAGCAGAUUUCUCUAUCAUUAGUAAAGAUGUGGAUGAUUUCAUUCUCUAUAUCCAGGGUGUUUUUCUCUUGGUAGAGGUCCUAAGUCAGAUCCAGUCAACUGGCUUUUAAUCAGUGUGAAUUCAUGGGAGCUAGUACCAGAGAUAAUGGUGAUGGCUGAUUAGCAAUUCUGUCUGCCGUUGAAAGCAAUCAUUUUGUCAUUCACUCAUCUGUGGUAGAUGAGAGCUAAGAUCCUGUGUUGUCUGCCCUUUUUCCUGUGAGGGCAACUGGGCCGAAAGGAAGUCAUUUCACCUUGAGUCAUCGCUGUUUCUCCCUGACCAGAGUGAGCGGUGAAAGUAAGGCUGAGUUCGUCUUCGCCUCGUUGACCGAAGACGAGGGUCCUUAUGAAGAGCUCCUGAAUAUACCAGAGGAUAGUAUAAUGGAACAGUAUUUGUGUUUUAUAUGAGAGCUGAAAGAACAGGAGACGGACAUGAAGACUAGACAGAUACGGGCGGCUGACAUUCUGGGUCCUGAUGGAUUGCUCUCUAUGGAUCACAGCACUCCUGGCUUUGGCAUAAUAACACAGCUCCGAUCCGAACACAGCACCAGCUCCGAUCCGAACACAGCACCAGCUCCGAUCCGAACACAGCACCAGCUCCGAUCCGAACACAGCACCAGCUCCGAUCCGAACAGCACCAGCUCCGAUCCGAACACAGCACCAGCUCCGAUCCGAACACAGCACCAGCUCCGAUCCGAACACAGCACCAGCGCCGAUCCGAACAGCACCAGCUCCGAUCCGAACACAGCACCAGCUCCGAUCCGAACACAGCACCAGCUCCGAUCCGAACACAGCACCAGCUCCGAUCCGAACACAGCACCAGCUCCGAUCCGAACACAGCACCAGCUCCGAUCCGAACACAGCACCAGCGCCGAUCCGAACAGCACCAGCUCCGAUCCGAACACAGCACCAGCUCCGAUCCGAACACAGCACCAGCUCCGAUCCGAACACAGCACCAGCUCCGAUCCGAACAGCACCAGCUCCGAUCCGAACACAGCACCAGCUCCGAUCCGAACAGCACCAGCUCCGAUCCGAACACAGCACUGAAAGUCCACACCCCCUUCAACUUUUUUCACAUUUUGUACCUCAGUUUCAUGCAUUUAAAUAAGGACCCCACACACUCACACACACACACACGCACACACACACACUUAUCUACACACCAUACUGCACACUUUUAAGAAAAUUGUUUUUUUUGUGUGUAAAAAUAUAUAUACAUAUGUGUGUGAGUCUGUUGGGAUAGCUCACUACCAACUUUGCACACUUAAAUUUGGAAAUAUUUGACCAUUCUUCUUUACAAACUGUUCAAGCUCUGUCAAGUUCCUUGGGGAUCGUUAAUGGACAGCAAUCUUCAAGUCAUGCCACUAAGUUUUGAUUGGAUUUAGGUCAGGGCUCUGAAUGGGCCAUUCAAGGACAUAUACAUUUUUAUUCCUUAGUCACUACACUGUAGCUUUGGCUUGUUUGCUUUGGGCGUUGUCAUGGUGAAAGGUGAACUUCCGUUCCAGUUUCCGUUCCAGGUCAGCAGGUUUUCCUCAAGGACUUUUCUGUACAUUGCUCCAUAAAUUGUUCCUUCUAUCCUGAUAAGUGCUAGUCCCUGAUUGCCAUAACAUGAUGCUGCCACCACAAUGCUUUACAGUAGGGAUGGUGUUCUUUGGGUGAUGUGCAGUGUUGGGUUUGCGCCAAACGUAAUGCUUUGCAUUUAGACCAACAUUUUACAUUUCAGUUUCAUCAGACCAAACGUUGACACAUGGCUACAGAAUCUCCUGAGUUUUUUUUUUUUUUGCGUACUUCAAACAGGAUUCAAGGUGGGCUUUCUUGAGUAAUGGCUUCCUUCUUGCCACUGUACCAAACAUGCUUGGGGGUGUGUAUUUAUUCCUUGUGUAAUUUUUUUUCAAAAAAAAAAAAAAUGUAUAAUUCUCUCUGCAUUGUUGGGAAGGGCCCCGUAAGUAAGCAUUUCACUGUUAGUCUACACCUGUUGUUUACAAAGCAUGUGACAAAUACAUUUAUUUGAUAUUGUUGUCACAUGACCACUUUGACCAACCAUAAAACACUGUAGUUCUUUUAAAGUUGCCAUUGUGCUCUCGGUACCCUCUCUGAUUAGUCUUCUACUUGCUCGGUCAUUCAGUUUGGAGGGAUAAAGGCAAGGUAUACACUGUCCAGCUCCUUGGUGCUCAUGGUUGAGUGUUUGCGUUGCAAUUCACUACCCAGCAGUGGGAACCAUACAGUAACUGCUGAAUUUAUCCUGAAAUCAAGUGAAUAACUACAAUUUAACACCGGUGGAGGCCAAUUAACUUGGUGUGUGAUUUUGAAGGUGAUUGGUUACACCUGAGCUAAAUUAGGAUUGUGAUUACACUGAUCCAAACAAGCAAUUUAAUUUUUUAUUUUAAAAAAAUCUUCAAAUUAUAUAUAUUUUUUUAUUAAUAUUUUAUUUUACCUCGAAGUUGUGGGGUAGGAUGUGUAGAUCAAUAAAGGGGAAAAAACUUUUAAUUCCAGGCUACAGUAUACAGUGCAUUCAGAAAGUAUUCAGACCCCUUGACUUUUUCCACAUUUUGUUAUGUUAGUCUUAUUCGAAAAUUGAUUAAAUUAAA